AGUCACUCAGCAUCCGAAGAAGCCUCUGGCUCUGACUCUGCAAGCCAGUCUGAAAGUGAGCAGGGCAGCGAGUCAAACAGCAGCUCGGAGUCCUCUGAAAGUCAGUCUGAAUCCGAAAGUGAAUCAACGGGUUCAAAAUCCCAGCAGACCCCUCCUGAAACCAAAGAAAAACCGGCCUCUAAGAAGGAAAGGAUAGCAGAUGUUAAAAAGAUGUGGGAAGAAUAUCCUGAUGUUUAUGGGGUUAGGAGGUCAAACCGAAGCAGACAAGAACCGUCGCGAUUUAAUAUAAAAGAUGAGGCAAGUAGUGAAUCUGAAAAUGAGAGCCCAAAAAGAAGAGGCCAGAAGCAAAUGAAAAAACCGUAAAAAUAAAUGGAAAAGAGAGGUUUCUGGUGAAGAAGAGGAUGAAGAUGGAGGGGAGCAAGGCACCAGCGGAGAGAGUGAGCCUGAACCGAAGAAAGUUAAAGCAAGAAGACCUGCGCAAAGAAGAACAGUGGCCAAAACCAGUGUUAAGAAGCCUCACAAACCCCAGCGUGGGAAGAAGAGAAAGAAACAGGAUUCAUCUGAAGAUGAUGAUGACGAUGAAGAUGAUGAGACCCCCAAGAGACAAACUCGACGAAGAGCAGCCAAAAAUGUCAGUUACAAAGAAGAUGAUGAUUUUGAGACGGAUUCUGAUGACCUGAUAGAGAUGACUGGGGAAGGAGCUGAUGAACAACAAGACAACAGUGAAACUAUUGAGAAAGUCUUGGACAUCAGGCUUGGAAAAAAAGGAGCCACUGGUGCUUCCACCACAGUGUAUGCAACGGAAGCCAAUGGCAAUCCAAGUGCUGACUUUGAUCCUGAAAAGGAUGAGGGAGAAGUUCAGUACCUGAUCAAAUGGAAAGGCUGGUCAUACAUCCAUAGCACAUGGGAGAGUGAAGAGUCCCUGCAGCAGCAGAAAGUGAAGGGCCUGAAAAAGCUAGAAAACUUCAAGAAAAAAGAGGAAGAGAUCAAGCAAUGGCUGGGCAAGGUAUCACCUGAAGAUGUGGAAUAUUUCAACUGCCAACAAGAGCUAGCUUCAGAGCUGAACAAACAGUAUCAAAUAGUGGAGAGAGUAAUUGCUGUGAAGACCAGCAAGUCUGCAACGGGACAUUCAGAUUUCCCAGCAAACAGUCGCAAAACAUCCUCGAAUGACCCCGAAUACCUGUGUAAGUGGAUGGGUCUGCCCUAUGCCGAAUGCAGCUGGGAAGAUGAGGCUCUGAUAAGCAAGAAAUUUCAGCACUGCAUUGACAGCUUCAACAAUCGCAACAACUCCAAAACGAUUCCUACCCGGGACUGCAAGGUAUUGAAGCAGAGACCGAGGUUCGUUGCCUUGAAGAAACAGCCUUCUUACAUUGGCGGUGAGAACCUGGAGCUGCGAGAUUACCAGCUGGAGGGCCUCAACUGGCUUGCUCACUCAUGGUGCAAGAACAACAGCGUGAUCCUGGCUGAUGAAAUGGGCCUGGGCAAGACAAUUCAGACAAUAUCAUUCCUGUCGUACCUCUUCCAUCAACACCAGCUGUAUGGCCCUUUCCUGGUGGUGGUGCCUUUGUCCACUCUCACCUCAUGGCAGAGAGAGUUUGAAGUGUGGGCACCCGAGAUAAAUGUGGUGGUUUACAUCGGAGACCUCAUGAGCAGGAACAUGAUACGUGAAUAUGAGUGGAUCCACUCUCAGUCUAAAAGGUUGAAAUUCAAUGCACUUAUCACAACAUAUGAGAUCCUUCUCAAGGAUAAGGCUGUUUUGGGAAGUAUUAACUGGGCCUUUCUAGGCGUGGAUGAAGCUCAUCGGUUGAAAAAUGAUGACUCUUUGCUGUACAAAACGUUGAUUGACUUCAAGUCCAACCACAGGCUGCUGAUCACCGGCACCCCACUUCAAAAUUCACUCAAAGAGCUUUGGUCCCUGCUGCAUUUCAUCAUGCCAGAGAAAUUUGAGUUCUGGGAGGAUUUUGAAGAGGAUCAUGGAAAAGGUAGAGAGAAUGGCUACCAGAGCCUUCACAAAGUCCUGGAGCCAUUUCUCCUACGCAGAGUGAAGAAGGAUGUGGAGAAAUCCUUACCAGCCAAAGUGGAGCAGAUCCUCCGCGUGGAAAUGUCUGCUUUGCAGAAACAGUAUUACAAGUGGAUUUUGACAAGAAACUACAAAGCUCUUUCAAAGGGAACGAGGGGGAGCACAUCUGGUUUCCUGAACAUUGUGAUGGAGUUGAAAAAGUGCUGCAACCAUUGCUACCUUAUCAAACCUCCUGAGGAAAAUGAGAGAGAGAAUGGUCUUGAGACACUGCAGUCUCUGAUCAGGAGCAGUGGAAAGCUAAUUCUCUUGGACAAGCUGCUGACCAGGCUGCGGGAGAGAGGCAACAGAGUGCUGAUUUUCUCCCAGAUGGUGAGGAUGCUGGACAUCUUGGCAGAGUACCUGACUAUCAAACACUACCCUUUUCAGCGCUUGGACGGCUCAAUCAAAGGGGAGAUCCGAAAGCAGGCGCUGGACCACUUCAACGCUGACGGCUCUGAGGACUUCUGUUUCUUGUUGUCAACACGAGCUGGAGGGCUGGGAAUUAAUUUGGCCUCUGCUGAUACUGUUGUCAUCUUUGACUCGGACUGGAACCCCCAAAAUGAUCUUCAGGCUCAGGCUCGGGCUCACCGAAUUGGACAAAAGAAGCAGGUGAAUAUUUACCGCCUGGUCACAAAGGGUACGGUAGAGGAGGAGAUCAUUGAGAGGGCCAAGAAGAAAAUGGUGCUGGAUCAUUUGGUGAUCCAGCGUAUGGACACCACUGGCCGGACUGUUCUGGACAACAACUCUGGGCGAUCCAACUCAAAUCCUUUCAACAAAGAGGAGCUGACAGCUAUUCUGAAGUUUGGAGCUGAAGAUCUCUUCAAGGAGCUUGAAGGGGAAGAGUCAGAGCCUCAGGAGAUGGACAUUGAUGAGAUUUUGCGUCUGGCUGAAACACGAGAGAACGAAGUGUCUACCAGUGCCACUGACGAGCUCCUCUCCCAGUUCAAGGUGGCCAACUUUGCAACCAUGGAGGAGGAGGAGACAGAGCUGGACGAGCGGUCCCAGAAGGACUGGGAAGAUAUCAUUCCAGAGGAGCAGAGGAAAAAGGUGGAGGAGGAAGAAAGGCAGAAAGAGUUGGAGGAAAUCUACAUGCUGCCUCGAAUCCGGAGCUCAACUAAAAAGGCUCAGACAAAUGACAGUGAAUCAGAUGCAGAAACUAAGAGAAGGCUUCAGAGAUCAUCUGGAUCAGAAAGUGAGACUGAUGAUACCGAUGACGAGAAGAGACCAAAGCGCAGGGGUCGUCCUCGAAGUGUUAGAAAAGAUACUGUGGAAGGAUUUACGGAUGCUGAAAUCAGAAGGUCAGUGCUGAGCACAAGAGGCAGUUUGGAGAACAAAUAUAGAAAUCCCAUGCAGGUGGAGAAAACCCCAGAUUAA